AUGGAAAUGUUACCUCUAUUCUCCAUGACGAUCAACUGUAAACCGCACUACUCUUAUUGUAAGGCUAACAUGUACCUCAGUUCUUCAGUUAAUGAUCGGAAGCGCGGAGAAAGUGAGCAGGCUCAGCAAACUCGAGCUGAAAGAGAUUUUGAAAAUUGUGAAAAAUGUCGAAAAGCAAACGAAUUCGCCAUACCGCCAAUGUAUUUCACUUGUCCGAAUCACGUUAUGGUGCUAGUAUGCCCAAUAUGUCUGGAUCAUGAAGCUGAUUUUCAUUUACCUGAGAAUUGUCCGUCUGCACGUUCUGGUGAGCCAACAACACAGAAUCCGAAGGUUAUCUUUGUUCAUAGAGAUAUCAAAAGAAACUGA